AUGCGGGUCCCCUACCUCCUCUCCCUCCUCCCCGCCCUCGUUGUCGCACAGCUUCCCCUCCCAAAUCCCCCAUUCCUCCCCCCGGACAUCGCAUCUGGGGCACAAACAUCCUCUGGAGGCUUCCCGAACCCAAAAUGGUCCUCUCUGUUAGGGACACUUCUCUACUUCUAUGAUGAGCAACGCAGCGGCACACUUCCGUCCACGAACCGAGUACCAUGGCGCAACGACAGUUUGAUUCUUGAGGGUCGAGACGUUGGGAUUGAUCUUUCAGGAGGAUUCUACGACGCUGGAGAUUUCUCCAAGGACACUUUCCCCCUAUCUUUCGCCCUCAUGUCAAUAUGCUGGGGGGCUACAGAUUUUGGCCAAGGUUACGACCUGGCCAACCAGACGGCCUAUUUGGACGACACCUUACGAUGGGGCCUCGAUUGGUUAAUCAAGGCUCACCCGAACGAUACCACGCUGGUUGUAUUCAUAGCAUCCGCCGACGAACAAAACGCCUACUGGGGUGGGGAUCGGAGCAUUCCAUCGCCGCGACCAGUGUACACGAUUACUAACGCGAACCCGGGCACGGACGCCGCUGCAGGGGCUGCAGCCGCAUUUGCUGCCUGCUCGAACCUGUACGCCGGGCGUGGCUUCAGCAACUCGAGCUAUUCCGCACCCGCGUCGCUGAGAAAUGACUCCUACGCCAACACCCUCUUGACGCAUAGCCAACAGCUUUAUUCAUUCGCCGUUAACGCAACAGGUGGACGGAAGACGUACCAGACCUCAGUGCCUCAGGCUGGUGUGGCAUAUGCAUCCUCCGGCUAUGGAGACGAGCUUGCGAUGGCAGCGCUCUUCCUUUCAUGGGCUACUGGAUCUGCGACGCUGUACCAAGAAGCGGAAGCCUAUUACACCAGAUACAAGCUCGCUGAUUCGAACCGCGUGUUCAACUGGGACUCGAAGACACCUGGUCUGGCUGUUCUGUUCUCGCAGAUCAAUCAAGGAUCUCCGAGCUUUGGUGGUAAUUUCAGCACCUGGAGGGACACAGCGGAAGACUACUUUGACGAUGUUGUCAAUAACAAGGGUCCGGGCUACCUCUUGCAAGAUGGCCUGCUUUAUUACGAUGGGGAUUCGGAUGACGCGAGUCUCAAUCCUGCAUUGAACGCCGCCAUGCUGCUCCGUAGGUUCGCCCCGAUGGCAUCCAGCGUCGACAAGAGGGUGGCGUACACAGACUUUGCAAAGAGCCAAGUCGACUAUGUCCUUGGAAAAAAUUCGAUGAAUGUGCCCUACAUCGUUGGAGUGAACCCCAACUCCCCGAAGAACCCCCACUCUGCAAUGGCCUCAGGUGGAAUCGACAUUGGCAAUAUCGACACCGAUCCCGUUGAGGAGGCGUACGUCCUCUAUGGUGCCGUUGUGGGCGGACCGGACAAGCGAGGCAGAUUCUUCGACAUUCGAAGUGACUGGCCUCAGACGGAGGUCGCACUGGACUACAACGCACCCAUGCUCACACUCGCCGCCAUGCACGUCGCCGCGGACACCUCAGAACCCUACUACACCUCCCUCCAAGCAGGCGCCUACGACCAGGUCAAGCCCAAGGGCCGUCCAUGCGAUUCUGCAUACCAGGACGGCUGCGAGGCCGGGCGCCUCAACAAGAAAGCAACGCUAGCGAUGGCCAUUGUCGUCACCGUCGUUGGCCUCGCCCUCAUUGGCCUCUCGGCGUGGUACCUCAUCCUACUCUAUCGUUCGCGGUCUGCAGACGGCGGCAAGUUCUAA